AUGUGCGAACCAGGAAUAAUAAGAAAACUUGACGAAGAAGUAGUCAAUCGUAUCGCAGCCGGCGAAAUAGUACAACGACCAGCAAAUGCUCUAAAAGAACUGAUAGAAAAUAGUUUAGAUGCCCAUUCUAAUAAUAUAAUAAUAACAGUAAAAGCCGGCGGCUUGAAGUAUCUACAGAUUCAAGACAAUGGCACAGGAAUUCGAAGCGACAACUUAGAUAUAGUCUGUGAGAGAUUUACUACAUCUAAAUUAAAGCAAUAUGAAGAUUUACAAGCUAUUAGUACCUAUGGAUUCCGCGGAGAAGCUUUGGCAAGCAUCAGUCAUAUUGCACAUUUGACUAUACUUACAAAAACUGCUAAUGAGAAAUGUGCUUAUAAGGCAUCUUACGAGAAUGGUAAAUUGAAAGGUCCAAUUAAGCCUUGCGCUGGUAACAAUGGCACCCAAAUUACUGUUGAAGAUCUGUUCUAUAAUGUGAUAGCUCGCAAACGAGCUUUAAGGAGUCCAAAUGAAGAAUACACACAUAUAAUGGAAGUAGUUGGGGGGUAUGCCAUACAUAAUAGUCAUGUUGGUUUCACAUUGAAGAAAUUUGGUGAAAAUACAGACAUCAAAACACCUAUAAAAUCUAGUGUUAUUGAUAAUGUGAGAAUUAUACAUGGCAACACAAUAGCACGCGAAUUGUUAGAAAUAGAGUAUUGUGAUCCCAAAUUGCAUUUAAAACUUAACGGAUACAUAACAAACGUUAACUACUCACACAAAAAAGGGGCAAUGCUUCUAUUUAUAAACCAUAGAUUAGUAGACUCUAUAUCCAUUCGCAAAGCCGUGGAUUCUGUAUAUGCUACGUAUUUACCGAAAAACGCCCACUCGUUUGUCUAUCUGAGUAUCGAAUUAGAUCCCAAAAACGUCGAUGUGAAUGUACAUCCAACGAAACAUGAAGUACAAUUUCUUUACGAGGAACAAAUCAUAGAGAAAAUCAAGAAUACAAUUGAGAAGAAACUUCUUAGUUGUAAUUCAUCUAGAGUUAUGUAUACACAGGCUCGCUUGCCCGGUGCAACUAUGGUUGAGGAAAUUAUCAAAAAAACAACAGACGGUGCAAAAGUAUACGCAAAAGAUUUAGUACGAGUUGAUUCGGAUGCUCAGAAAAUAGAUAAAUUCUUCAAAGUAACUACAGUAGAUAAGUCAGAAGAAAAUAAAACAAAUGAAAUAAGAAAUGAAAUUAUUAAUAAAGAUAUUAAAGAAAUUAAUGAAGUAACAGAAACCAUUGAAAUUGUUGAUAAUAAUGAAGUUAUUGAUGAAGCAGAUGAUAUAAUUAAUAAUUCUCUCGUAUCAGAACCAAAUGAAAUAAAGACAAAGAAAUAUAAAACAGCUAUUAAUAGCAAUGUUACGUACAUAGAUCCUAAGGAAUCAUUUAAAACAAGGACUUUUCAAUAUCAGAGAGUUGAAACUAAGUUGACUAGUGUACAUCAAUUGAGAUUAGACGUUGAAAACAAAUGUAAUAUGAAUUUGAGGGAGAUUUUAGCAAAUCUUAUUUUUAUAGCCUGCAUUGACUGUGAGCGGUCUUUGAUACAACACUCGACUAAGCUUUAUUUAUGUGAUACUACUAGAUUGACAGAGGAAUUAUUCUACGAAACUAUUCUCUAUGAUUUCCAAAAUCUUGGUUUAAUUAAAUUGUCGAAUCCAUUGCCAUUAGAGGAACUUUUAAUACUAGGACUUGAUUCACACGAAGAGCAGUGGGACGAUGAAUUAGGUGAUAUGCGAGAAAUGGCUGCUCAGAUGACAAAAUUACUUAUAAGCAAAGGUCCAAUGUUAUAUGAAUAUUUUUCGUUGGAAAUUAAUAACAAAGGGGAAUUAUUGUCUUUACCUUUGCUAUUGGACGGUCACACGCCAUUCAUGGGAGCAUUGCCAGUGUAUUUAGUUAGGCUUGUAACAGAAGUCAACUGGGGCUCAGAAAAGGAAUGUUUCGAUACGUUCAGUCGACAGACAGCCAUAUUUUAUUCACAACCAAACAGAGAUCCAUCUGAAGACAUAUUUAAGGCCGAGUCUUGGAAACAGGAGCAUAUAAUAUUUCCAGCUAUAAGAAGAAAUUUCUUACCGCCUAACAGUUUCGUCAGUAACGGAUCUAUAUUACAAAUAGCUAAUUUAUGCGACCUCUAUAAAGUGUUUGAGCGUUGUUAA